CUUGAUAGUGUCGUGAGAGCAAGAAACCUUAUUUUUUAUGGGAGAAAUAAUCAUCUCUCUUUUGAUGCAAAUGACUUAUUAUUGGUACCUGGCCUCACAAACAUCGAAUAUGGAUACCUUUGUGAGAUCAUGGGUCGUUUUAUUUGGGCUCCACAAAUAUUUAAUUGUGGUGCACCUGACACAGGUAAUAUGGAGGUAUUACUACAUUAUGGAAAUAAAGAGCAACUACAAGAAUGGCUAGUUUCUUUGGUUGAGGGGACGAUUAGGUUUGGAUUUGCUAUGACAGAACCACAACUUGCAUCUUCCGAUGCAACCAAUAUUGAAUGUUCUAUUACAAGGUAG